GGAGCAUUGCUGCGUCUGUUGCCGCUGUCAUUCUGCUGCUGCUGUGCCGUUCGAAGGCAGGAGGGUGCACUGAAGGGAGGAGUGUGGAAAAACGGAGGCAAGAAGGACGAGAGGGAAGGAGAGAGCGAAAGGGAGUGCCUGGGCAGCACUGCAACAGCUGCAGCAGGAGGAAAGAGGGAGAGAAGGAGAUAGAGGAAAGAAAGACAAGGCCGCAAGAUCGCCUGAGAGAAAGAAUUUCUAUUUGUUUUCCUUGCGCGAGGCAAAAAGGGAGUUUGAGUGCAGAAGCCAGUUUUCUCCCUGCUGAUGCUUUGCUGCAUGGUCUCAUGCAGGAGGCACACUGGGACAUAGCGUGAAAGGCAGAGAAGGAGAUUUGAAGAUGGAAAGGACGGAUAGCACAAAGGCGUACAGCCAAGCAGAUGGCAAAGGAGUUGGUCUUGUAGCUAAGAGGGCCAAAUCUGGAGUUCCUCAGGGUGCACAGCGCGGCGAGCUGAACGUUUACAGGGCGGGUAGUUCUGAGGGCAGGAUACCGGUGCCCUCCAACCUCCGCAAGCAAAGGUCUAUGACCAACCUGGCUGUACUCACUGAUGCUGAGAAGAAGUUACACCUUUAUGAGCCCAAGUGGUGCGAUGACAUGGCCAAGACCGGAUUGGGACAGACCAAGACUGGCAAAGCAAAGACACCAGGGGGUGUCGGCGGCACCGGAGGGGGCGCUCCACUCUCACGUAAUUUAUCCAGAUCUGAACACUCGCUCUUUCAGGGCAAACCUAAGCCCUUUAGCUCCCUGGCUGCACCCUCCGCCCUGAGCAAGCAGAGCCGCAUACCUCGUGGUCCAUAUGCCGAGGUGAAGCCCCUGAGCAAAUCACCUGAGGAUGGGAAGUCAGAUGAUGAGAUCCUGUCCAGCAAGGCCAAGGCCAACACCAAGAAGCAUGGAGCCGGCCCCGGCGAGGAGUCGGGCUCCAAAGGGCAGGGGGAGGAAGGGGGAGACAAGCCCUUUUUGAAGGUGGACCCCGAGCUGGUGGUGACGGUGUUGGGUGACCUGGAGCAGCUGCUCUUCAGUCAGAUACUAGACCCUGAGUCUCAGAGGAAGCGCACUGUGCAGAAUGUGCUCGACCUCCGCCAGAAUUUGGAAGAUACAAUGUCGAGUCUGCGGGGAUCACAGCUGAGCCAUAGUUGCCUAGACAGCACUAACGUGGGCUAUGACAGUGACGACACCAACGCUCGCAGCAUAUCCAGCCUGUCCAACCGGUCCUCGCCACUCUCCUGGCGCCACGGCCAAUCCAGCCCCCGUCUUCAGGCGGGCGACGCCCCGUCCUCCACUGGUGGAGGAUACCAGGGGGGUAAAUCCAGCUCCCAGUAUACAGCCUACACCAUGCCAGCUCGCUGCUCCAGCUUCCUCAGCGGAACGUCUCGUAUUGACCUCAUCGAAAAUUUGGACGUCGACGACACCAACCUUAAGUCUGGCUACCUGAGCGACAGCGACCUUCUUGGAAAGAGUCUGCCAGAUGAUGACGAUGACAACCUCGCUAAUGGUUGGGAUGAGAGCAGCUCCAUCAGCAGCGGGCUCAGCGACGGCGAUGGAGACGGCUCGGAAAACCUCAGUUCUGAGGAGUUCAACUUCAGCUCUUCUCUUAACACACUCUCUUCCACACCGCUGGGAUCCAGAUGCAACUCCUCUGUUAUGCUCUGCACUGAUGCAGAGAAACGCUCUCUGGUGGAAAGUGGACUUUCUUGGUACAGUGAGGACAGUAAACCCAGCCACAAGUUGGACAGCUGCAGCUAUGAAACGGGGAGUUUGAAGUCGGAGGCUCCGAGCAAGUGGAGAAAGAAGCCUCCGAGCCUCAGUGAGGAUUUGGGGUACAGAGGAGAGCUGAAGAAGCCUCAGAGCUUGGGCCAGCCAGGGAGAUUCAAGAAGGUCCAAAACCCUCCUGUGGGUGUGACCUCACCCAUCACGCAUACGUCUCAGAGCAUGUUGAAAGUGGCAGCCCCUAAGAGUGAGAGGCCACUGGACAAAUCCAAGAUUUCCGUCAGAACCCCUGGACUACAACGAUCUCGUUCUGAUGCAGGCAGGGAUCAUCACGGAGAGAACCGCAAGCCCCCUUCAGGUUUAGUGAAACCCACAGCUGGACCCUCUUUUGGGUACAAGAAACUGCCAACAGCCACCGGUACCGCUACAGUUAUGACAGCAGGGGGAGCCACCAUAUCCAGCGGCUCUGCUACUGUGGGGAAAAUCCCCAAGUCAUCUGGUAUUCCUGUGAAGCCUGUGGGAGGAGGCGUACCUUCAGGGCGCAAGAACAGUUUUGAUGCCAGCAGUGAGCAAAGCUUCCUGGGGCCUAACGCCCGAAACAGUAUUCAGUACCGCAGCCUGCCUCGACCGGCCAAAUCGAGCACGCUCAGCGUGAUUGGCCGCCCCGCAUCGCGGCCCGUCAGCGGCACCAUUGACCCCAGUCUGUUGAGUUUGAAACCUGUACCCAUGGCCUCCGCAGGCCCCAGGGUUAAAGAGCCCAGUAGCUGUAGCAGUAAGAUGAAUCGAACAAGCACGGGCCCUGUGAACCAGACCGACAGAGAGAAGGAGAAGGAACGAGCCAAGGCCAAAGCUGUGGUAGCAGACAUGGACUGUGGCUCUCUGAAAGGAGAGCCGAUUCAGUCUGAGUCCACUGGAGAAGCUGCUGUGAAACUGCACAGCCUGAGACAAACCAGCAACAGCAAAUACCUAGAGCUGUCAUCACCCACAACUCCAAGGAUGCUGAACAGUAAGUGUCUGGGUCGUCCACCCAGCUUGGCUCACCUGGACAAGGUCAACUCCAACAGCCUUGACUCCUGUGUGACCAUCCAGGACCUCCCACCUAAAGUUCCUCCAUAUUGUAAGCUGCAGGAUUUGGCAGGGUCCCACGUGUCUGGUCGUCUCACCCCCAGCCCGGCACCUAUCCUCCACAUUGACUCUCCUGGCUCCUAUACCAGUGAAAGCCUGAGCCAUACCGGAUCACCGCUGCUUUACCCGAAGCUGUCUGGAAUGCACCGUAGUCUGGAGUCGCUUCCUCUUCAGAUGAGUGUGCCUUCCAGUGCCAGGUUCAUCACCACAGACACCCAGGACAAGGAGGAAAGGAGCAGCGGUACAUGGGGAGCUGGGAGCAGGACGUCCCUCAACCUCUCAGACAGCUUGCAAACAGACAGGAACACGUUGCCGAAGAAAGGCUUGGAGUGCUACGGCUCAAGCAUGACAGAGAGUGAAGGAGGCAAAUCAGGACGACGUCACUCCCACACCAUAGUCAGCAUGACGGACAGUGACACCCCCCCUCAGCUGCCUUCUCCCACUCGUCCACUCCACUUCUCCUCGGGCAAGGCCCCCCUCACCAACGUGGUUGCCCCAAUUUCCAGUGGCACCCCGAGGAUAUCGCGAUCCAACAGCAUUGGGCCCCCCAGUGACUCGGCUUGUGAGCUCUAUGGAUCUUCCCCCCUGGGCAGCAGCAUGUCCGUGGCCGACCGGCCAAAAAGCAUGAUGCGGUCUGGAUCUUUCCGUGAACCGGGCGAUGACGUGCACGGCUCUGCACUCUCUUUGGUGUCCAACACUUCAUCCAACUAUUCAUCGACUGAGGAAAGGAUACAGGGAGAGCAAAUCCGGAAGUUAAGACGAGAGCUGGAAUCCUCCCAGGAAAAAGUCGCCAACUUGACCCUGCAGCUUUCUGCCAAUCAGCAAGGCCAGGCUAAUCUGGUCGCAGCAUUUGAGCAGAGUCUGGCGUUGAUGACGGCACGUCUGCAGACCCUGUCGGUCUCCUCGGAACAAAAGGACUCUGAACUCACCGAACUGAAGGAGACCAUCGAGGUUCUGAAGACCAAAAAUACAGAAGCCCAGGAAAUCAUCCAGGGUGCUCUGAGUAAUCCAGAUAUCACACCCAAAGAACUGCUGAUUGACCGCCAGAACUCGUCAGAAAGCAUCUCCAGCCUCACCAGUACCACCAGUCACUCCAGUGUGGGUAGUCUGAAGGAGCAGGAGGCCAAGAAGAAGAAGAAGAAGAACUGGGUCUUUGAGCUACGCAGCUCCUUCAACAAGGCUUUCAGUAAGAAGGGCUCCAAGGGGUCGGCCCCAUACGCUGACAUCGAGGAGAUUGCCACCCCAGAAACCUCUGCACCUUCCUCACCCAAAGUCCACCAGGAUGUUGAAAUCUCUCGGCCCAUUAUGAAGACCUCCGUGUCUGCUUCAUCAUCUGGGCUGUGUGACGGAGAGGAGGCUGGGGAUGAUAAAGUUGUGUCAGAGCUGCGUUCGGAGCUGUGGGAGAAGGAGCGGAAGCUCACAGAUAUCCGCCUGGAGGCUUUAAGCUCUGCCCACCAGCUGGAGCAGCUGCAGGAGGCCAUGAACAACAUGCAGAGGACCGUGGAGGACCUUAAGACUGAGAAUGACCAUCUGAAGACAGGUAGUGUGUCCCCUUGUCCAUCACCUGGACCCUCCAGCUCCGCAUCCCAGUCCUCAGGUCUCACCGCUGUGGGAGCCUCAUCGCCACGACAGUCAUUCACCAUGCACGUGCCCAGAAGCUACAGCAGAGGGCUGAGCGAGGGGAUGGGCUCAGACGUCCUCUCUGCAGACUCUGUUAGCCUUUCGUCACAGAGAGAUGACCACCGUGUUCGGGUGGUGGUUUGUGUUGCAGAUGUGAAGGUCUUCAAAGACGAGGUGAAACUGCAGGAUUUCUUCAUCGGCACUGUCAGAGUGAAUGGCAGGAUGGACUGGCCCAUGCUGGAUUCAGCUGUCAGCCAAGCCUUCAAGGUGUACAUAACCAAGGUGGAUCCAACCUCUAGUCUCAGCCUGUCGACCGAUUCCAUCUACACUUACAGUAUGGGCCACAUUAAGAGAGUACUGGGUGGAGAGGCUCCUGAGACACAGCCCUCUCGCUGCGUGUCCCGAGGGCCUGGCAGCAUCACUGUGGCUCUCAAAGGUUUAAAGGAGAAAUGUGUGGACAGUCUGGUAUUUGAGACACUCAUUCCCAAACCCAUGAUGCAACACUACAUUAGUCUGCUACUCAAACAUCGCCGUCUCAUCCUGUCUGGGCCGAGCGGAACUGGUAAGACCUACCUUGUGUCGCGGCUGGCUGAGUACCUGGUGGACCGCAGCGCCCGUGAAGUCACAGACGGCAUCGCGGUCACCUUCAACAUGCACCGGCAAUCAUGCAAGGAUCUGCAGCUCUAUCUUUCGAAUUUGGCCAAUCAAAUUGAUCGGGAAACCAAUGCAUCAGAGGUCCCACUGGUGGUUAUUCUGGAUGACGUUCAUGACCCAGCAGCUGUCAGCGAACUUGUUAACGGUGCUCUCACCUGCAAGUACCACAAAUGUCCAUACAUUAUCGGAACAAGCAAUCAGCCAGUGAAGAUGACUGCUAAUCACGGCCUCCAUCUCAGCUUCAGGAUGGUAACCUUCUCCAACAAUGUGGAGCCGGCUAAUGGGUUUCUGGUGAGAUACUUGCACAGAAAGCUGAUGGAAUCAGAGGAUGAGAGGAAUUUGACCAAUGAGGACUUGAUAAGGGUCUUGGACUGGGUGCCUAAACUGUGGUAUCAUCUCCACACCUUCUUGGAGAAGCACAGCACGUCGGACUUCCUUAUCGGCCCAUGCUUUUUCCUGUCCUGUCCAGUCACAGUGGAUGACUUUCGUUCAUGGUUCAUUGACCUUUGGAAUCAUUCUAUUAUUCCAUAUCUUCAAGAGGGGGCCAAGGACGGCAUGAAGGUCCAUGGUCAGAAAGCAGUAUGGGAGGACCCAGUGGAGUGGGUGAGGGGGACCCUACCUUGGCCGGCGGCACAACAGGACCAGGCAAAGCUGUUCCACCUGCCUCCUCCCAGUAUCGGCUCCAGCAGUCCCGGUCAGUCCAGUGAAGACAGGCCUCACAAGGAAACGCCACCGAGUUCCAUGGAAUCCGAUCCUCUGAUGGCAAUGCUUUUGAAACUUCAGGAGGCUGCAAAUUACAUUGAAUCUCCAGAGAAAGAAGACUCUAGUCUGCCUAAACUUUGAGUACAAGCACUUAGCACUUCAGAUUUUAUAUAUAUAUAUAUCUAUAUAUAUAGAUAUAUAUAUAUCUAUAUAUAUAGUCAGCUGCAGUUAUGCAGUGAAAUUCAGGAAAACCGUACCCUCUGAAAUGCUUUCAGGAUCAUUUAGAUUGUCAAUUUUGCAGUUUGAACACGUGUUCAGUAACUCAAACAAUUCCAGAUCAAUUUAAUAUGUUUAAUAGCUUCCAAACAAAAUUACUGAAUGAUAAAGUAUAUUCUUUUACAUUAGUAUAUAUUUAUCCGGAUGGUAUUCUGUUGUAUUCAGAUCGCGUUACCUCCACAGUUGCCCUCAGUGCAUGUAGACCGGUGCUAACAGAUUACUACAGACGUCAUUGUCUCAGCACUCCAUGUGGUGCAUGUGACGUGCAUCACGGGAUAUGGUGCACUUCUCCAAAGGAGCUAUUAAUUAUUUUUGGAAAAGAGUAUGACAGCAUGACAGAUGUUACUGUUUAUUGCACACUUCUUCGGUACAUAUCUCCUGUGUAAAGUCUUUGAAGGCCAUAUCUGAUACAUAUGCAAUCCUGAAUUUUACAGUCUGAGCAGGUGAACUUGUUUGAGUCCAAUCAAACAAUCAAAAAAAAGAAAAAGAAAAAAAAAUGCCUUAAAAAAAUGAAAGACUAAUAUCUCACCUCAAACACAGCAGAAUAUUCUGGUGCUUUCACAACUAUCAUAAUGUCUUGGACACUCUUGUUAUUUCUCUGGUAAAGUGUUUUUUUUCUUCUUCAUGACAGGAAUGAUAAAAUAUCUUAAAAGUGAUCGCCUGUGUGUCUUCAUAUUUGUGCAUGAAGAAUUUAUAAGAUAAAAUUGCUGUCAUACUCUUUUGCAUAAAACAGAACUUUAUUAUUGAUAUUAUUGAUUUGAUGUGAUGAAUCACUGUUGCUGCAUAUUAUUGUUUUUUUUAAGCACUUUGUUUAUUAUCAGGUAUUACAGGCUUAUUACACACAGAUGAAUACAUAAACACCUUCUGUCAAAACAAAGUGCUGUUUGAGUUCAGUUUUGGUGAGCGUGCCGCUGUUUCUGACGUUUCCCCAGCAUUCAGAGAAAUAACUGCAUAUAUUAUGUAAAUAUAACCAGGCUGCAUUUAUUUUCACGACUUUAGGUACGUGGUGCAAA